GUGAAAUUCCUCCAGUUAUGUUAACAGAGGAAAUACAGCUUGUUGAAGUUGUGACAGAUACACGUUUGACUGUCUUUAGUGCCUUCCAAUAACACAUGAGCCUGGGCUUCAUCGACUAAUUAAAGAGGCGGUUGCUAAGAGAUGACAAGCGGUGACAUCGCUGCUGAGAGCCUCUGUGCUGCAGCCUGAACCUGCGUCUCUACUCUGGGUCUCUUUUCUCAACCCCUGUCUAUACCUGACUACACCUGACCCAUGUGAAGGAGUAGGGGGAGAGGGAGCGAGAGGAGCCACACCACACACACGCCAUGGCAGCUUUCACCAGUACCCCCAAAGUGAGAUCCAGGAGUGCUCCUCGGCACAGAGACUGGGACCAGAGCCCGGCCGAGUGUGACUGGAAGGACUGUGAGGCUGGAGGCGGUGAGAGAUCUACAGGACACAGCACCAUGCUGGAGAAGACCCAGGACUUCUUCCAGAUCUGUGACAUCGAGGACAAAGGCUUCAUCACCCACCGGGACAUGCAGAGGCUCCAUGGACAGCUGCCCCUCAGUGCAGAGGAGCUGGAGAAUGUCUUCGACACCCUGGAUUCUGACGGCAAUGGAUACCUCACCCUGCAGGAGUUCUCCUCAGGGUUCAGUGAGUUCCUGUUUGGCCGAAGGAUCUCUGUAACAGAAGGGAUGGGAGAGGCCAGCCCCAUUGCCAAGGAAGCCAACCAGGGCCCCCCAGACUCCCUUUACCAGACCCAGUGGGAGGAGAGGCUGAUGGGCAGCGAGGACGAGGAAGAGAGGCACUUCUGCAUGCUCAUGGAGAGCUUGGGCGCCAGCAAUGUCUUUGAGGACCCUGGUGAGGUGCGUAGUCUGUGGGCCCAGCUGAGAAGAGAUGAGCCGCAUCUCCUGUCCAACUUUGAGGAGUUCCUGGCCAGGGUCACCUUCCAGAUCAAAGAGGCCAACCAUGAGAAGAGGGAGAUGGAGAGCGCCCUUAAAAGAAAAGCAGCAACACAUGACGACGAGAUCCAGCGCUUAUAUGAAGAAAUGGAGCAGCAAAUCAAAAAUGAGAAGGACAGGAUCCUCCUGCAGGACUCUGAACGCUUCCUGUCUAGGAGCCAGGACUUAGAGCAUCAGCUCUCCAGUAAGGAGCGGGAGCUGGAGCAGAUCUUCCAGAAACAGAGGCGGUUGGAGUGUCAGUGUCGGGAGCUGCACAGCGAGCAGCACGUGACCAAGGUGGAGAAUGUGAAGCUGAAGCAGACCAAUGAGGAUCUGGCCCAAGAGCUGGAGCACACCAGUCAGGAGCUGACCCUGGCACAGGAGCAGCUGGGCCUCCUGCAGGAGCAGUCGUCACGCCUGCACAAGGAGAGGGAGAGGGAAAUGUACCAGGUCACAGAGGGAUUGCAGAGAGAGCGAGCAAGCCUGCUGAAACAACUUGACCUGCUGAGGGAAAUGAACAAACACUUACGAGAUGAACGAGAUAUGUCCUCGUAUCAAAAACUGAGGAAUACUGUUGAAAAUCCUGCUUGGAACCCGAGGCCUGGAUCAAAUACUCUGAAUCCCUUUGACAAAAAGGCCUUUAAAUGUGAGGAAGAGGUAGGGCUCCCCCACUCUAAGAAGAGCCCGGGGGGAGUGAAUGGCUACAGCCUGGAGGAUGUGGUAGCCUCCAAACCCCCCCACAGACCCCUACAGAGGAUCAUCUCCAUAGAGGAGGACCACCUACCCCAGCUCUUGCAGGACGACUACCAUGCCCAGCUCUGUGAGUGGAGCGAGGAGGCAGAGGAAGACGGGGAGGAGGAAGAACACAUAGAGCUGCAGAUGAACUCAAUAUAUCCUCCAAGUUCUCUUCCGACUAGGGAGCAGCAGCCAGCUGACACCAGAGAGUCAGAGACGCCUACAUCCCCCAGGGGCCAGCCUGUCGGCAAGGAGACCGUAGUGAACGAGGGUGCAGCGCCACCCCCGGACCGCCUGUUUAAGAUCGUGCUGGUAGGGAACUCUAGCGUGGGGAAGACCUCACUCCUCAUGAGGUUCUGUGACGACUGCUUCUACCCAGGCACCUCUGCCACCGUGGGCAUAGACUACAGUGUGAAAACGAUAACGGUGGACAACAGCAAGGUGGCGCUGCAGAUGUGGGAUACAGCAGGACAGGAGAGGUAUCGCAGCAUCACCAAGCAGUUCUUCCGCAAAGCUGACGGUGUGGUAGUCAUGUAUGACAUCACUGAUGAGCAGAGCUUCACUGCGGUGAGACAGUGGCUGACCAGUGUACAGGAGGGGGCCGGCGAGGAUAUUCCCAUCAUGCUGCUGGCAAACAAAACAGACAAGGAGAGCGAGCGGGAGGUUCAGACGAGAGUAGGCGAGAAAUUGGCCAAGGACUGCCAGUUGAUUUUCUAUGAGUGCAGUGCUUGCUCUGGACAAAACGUCGUAGACUCUCUGGUACAUUUGGCAAGAAUUCUGAAAGAGCAGGAGGACAGAGAGAAAGAGAAGACGGUCCAACUGGUAAACAGCUCUUCACAUAAGAAGAGGUCCUGCUGCUAGCAACAAGAAUGCUACUAGCUAGCUUCUAUCUUCUCAACACACAAGGUGAUGGUGAACUCACCUAAUUAAAUAUACAGUAUAUUCUGACUAGAGUUCCUUAAGAACUUAAAGAUCUACAGCACAAUACCUCUCACUGUCACCCAGUCCACCUACGGUGUGAACACCUGUUUCUUGAAUCUGUGGUUUUAAAAAGAAAAAAACACCUCUUUGAGGGGGAAAAAAAAAUAAUAAAAAUGUCUUAGCAUUUCACACGAUGAAAGGGCCAGGGUAGGUGCUGACACUGCCAUACAUGGAUAAUGACAUUUUUUUAAAGACAGUCUUGCACUACAAUAAUAAAAUAUGGAUUUUCCUAAUGACAACUUAUUUUUAAUACAUUUAUUUUCAACUAGCUAAGUCAAAACCAGUAACUAUACUACUUUUAUAUUUAAUUCAGUACAGUUUACACUGUCUGAAAAAUGUACUGAAAAAAUAAAAGUAAACCUUGUUAAUAGUUGGGUUAGGUUUCAUGAAAUCUGAAUUUCAUUCAGGACCAAUUUAACAUUUUCCAAUAGUAGAGAAGGGUUAUAACAUUUGUCAGAUUUGGACUUUAUCUCAGAUCAAUUUGAUGAAUAGAUUAGCUUAUCCCUCAAAUGUAAUAAGGUUUACUGUGUUGUAUAUGUAAUGUUGGGAUGAUUUACCAGAAGUCAACUACAGAUGUGGGAUCCUAAUUUGACCAGUAUUGUCGCAGCAAAAUAAUCCUGCAGCAACAGGAUUUGAACGUUUAGUCCAUUAACUUUUCUGCCGAUGUAAUGUUGCUAGAUCGUGAUUAGGCUACAUGAAAAGUGCAACUGUUAAUAUAAUGUGUGAGUUUUUAGUGAAUCUAUGUCAAUUCUGGGGCACAGAAAUCCUCAGCAACAGCAGUGAUCAAGUGAAGAUCCUACAUCUGUAUGUGUCUAUAAAGUCUAAUUGGCAGCUUCUCCUUUUACACAAAUGUUUGUUUUACACUUUGCAUUGACAGUGGAAGGUAGUAAAGCUCUGACAUACUAUACCUCUCUCAAAGCGUUUGCAUAUAAACCGUCACCACUGUUUGGCUUUUUUAUGUAAUUGGCACAGUGUUAUUUCUAUGAAGGAGUUUUGUACUGUAGUUGUUUGCUUAGUUUUGCCAAGAGAUUUGCCUUCUCUUAGAAGUAUUUGUUUGUGGGCGCACUAAAACGUUUCUCCUAAUAAUUCCAUAAAAAUGUAUAUUGUGCCAAGUAUCCUUGAACAAAUGUUCCAUUUUAAAUCUAACACAUUGCAAUGUAUGCCAUCACUGCACCUGGAAAGAUCCUCAGAUACGUAUGAGACAUUGGAGGUAUUAGAUACGUGCUGUAUGUGUAUGUUCUGUGAUGUUGAAGGAUACUGAGAAAUCGUCAUUUGGAGCCCUCCGGUAUAGAGAGUAUUCCUUGUGUAUUUGACAGUGUGCCAUAGCACCAUGACUACUCUAAAUGAACCAAUUGUUGCAUUUGCGCCACGCUACUGGGCCUGUGUUCUUGCACAAUAAUGUAUGUGAAAAUGUAAAUAUGAAAAAUGUUGUAUGGUUUCUCUGAAUAAUAAACAGAUAUUGUAUAUUUCAGUGAUAAAUUAAAUAAUCUAACCCAAUUAAAACACCACUUCCUUGAAGUAAGAAAGUGGAUGCAAUUGUGAAACUUGAAUUUCAGAUGCCACCUAGUGGACAAUGUUGAUCUAGAGUCGAUAACUUUUAUUUAACUGUUACAUGACAGGAGGUAAAAUUAACAAUACAAUACAAAGCUUGAAUAUAACUAUUUUUCAACUCAGAAUUGUCAUACCAAAUUAACAUACACAGCACAAUUUCAGUAGCUGACAUGAAAUAGUGGCAACCAUGUUGUUUUAGUACUUGGUGUAAAUAACCAACUGAAUGCCAUGAGUGGUAAACUGGAAUGACACUAGUCGUGUUAGAUCUGCUAAAGGCCAAACCUUAAAGUUAGCUUAAAUCACUGACUUAAUUCCAAAGACAACAGUUUUGUAUGCAUGCUACUGAAAGUGAUUCAAUGGAUUCUAUUAAAGUUAGUCUAACUACUUU